AAAAAAGUAUUUUGCACGUCAUUACAAACAUCUAACUCCCCAGACAUCAUAAGGGGUGUCAGAUUUUGUCUAAGAACACAUACCAUGAAAUCACCUAAUGUGAAAGAAUUACUAGAGAAUCCUCAAUUUCUUCAAAGUGCCCUGAAGGGAUCAUCCAGAGUGAGUGCGAUGGAAGAUUUUGCUAACAGCUUUUGCGGUUGGAGUUGGGAGGAGAACAAGUUGUUCGAGCUAGCUUUGGCAGUGGUAGAUGAGCAACACCCUGAACGGUGGGAAGUGGUUGCAGCCAUGGUUGGAGGAGAAAAAAGUGCAGGAGAUGUUCAAGAACAUUACGUCAUCCUUCUCCAGGAUUUACUCGUUAUAGAAUCUGGAAAACUGGACCAUAAACUUGGGGAAGUUAUGCCUGUUGUCUUAGUUGAGAGCAAGGAGUCCAUAUGCUUCUCCCACGACGAUUCAACCAUGUAACUCCCUUUUAUUUGGUUCAAACCAUAUUCUUUUAGAAUGGAAGCAACAAAUAUCUGUCAUGAAAUUUCUUGGUCUCGUGUUUCUGUUGAUCAAGCUGUGUGAUUGAUAUGUUGAUUCCAGCUUGGUCAUUCAAUUGGAAAUAAUAUGGUAAUUCAUUUA